UUUGCCCAUCCUCCACCGCGCCUCUCUCCUUCCCUCUGGUCCUCAAAUCAGCUUUCUGCUCACGAGAAAUUCAUCGGAAUUGUAAUGAGCAAAAAGAAAGAUGACCAUGAGCUGAUAGUAAAGGAUAGCCUAUUCGGAAAGCUUCCCGACCAUCUCUUGAUAGAUAUAUUUAUCAGAGUUCCCAUAUCGGAGUGGGCGGAUUUAGCUUCCGUCAAAAGGCAGUGGGCAAAUUUAUUCAGGGGGGAAUGCUUUUGGCAAGCUGCUCUUAAUCGGGCAUAUCCUCUCUCUAGCAAAACUAAGAGAUGGCCUGGACCUAUCCCUCGCGGUUUGAGCAAAAGGAGAUAUGCGGCUUUGCAUGUCAGCAAAAACAUUCUAGGUGUGAAUUCGGACAUAGAUGAGAUCAUGGGCCACAUUUAUUUGUUCUUGAAAGAGCAGCUUGAACUCGAAAGCUUACCUCCUCCUUCAGGUGUAUUGCACGGAACUAUGAUUGAUCAACUGAUCGCUUGUGGUAAAUCGAAAGAUGUAGCUGAUGAGCUCGUGACGCAAAUUUGGUUGGCUGUUCUCGACAAUUUGGAGGAUACCAAGCAUACUUUUCUCGUGCUGAAAUGCAUUGCUCAAGAAGGCGAUGUUUUUCUUCCUUACCCGUAUUCAAGACCGAUCAAAGUCCAAUGGAGGGUGUUCGAGAAACUCUUCACGGAUUUCCGCGACUGUUUCAAUCAUUCGGAAUACACGGAUGUGUUGGGAAUUGCCAAGAACAAGUUCCAACCAAUACCAUCUCUCUGGUUAGGCUACUAGUCUCUAACUGUAAGUAUCUCUUCGGUUGCUCUUCUCGCUCUGUCCCUUCUCCUUCCUCUUCUCUUCGUCUCGACAAAACCCACAACGCUCGAACUCAACGACCUUGGGCACGUCUCCCUACUCGUCUCAGAAUCUGGUCUCAAUUUCGCGAAGAACUUACUAAUCGAAAAGGCGAUCUCUACAGUGAUUCCACUUCAGUUACCCGACAUCGAGAAGAAGGUGAAGAUCCCACUUGUCGGGAAAGUCCGAAUGGGUCUGUCGGAUAUCCAGAUUUCCGCGGUGGAUGUGGUUGAUUCGUGGAUUAAAACCCUCGAAAACGGCGGAAUCGUUCUGGGCAUUACAGGUGCGACGGCAGAAUUGAGCAUGAACUGGUCUUAUACUUACACUGCUUUGUUCAUCGAGAUUUCUGACCGUGGGGAUGCUUCAGUGAAGGUCGAAGGUAUGGAUAUACGGGUUGCUGUCUCCCUCAUCGAACACGAGGGGAGUCUUAGGAUGGAUUCGGUGGCAAGUUACUGUAAGGUGAAAAGCAUUGAUAUAAACAUCGAUGGUGGAGCUUCUUGGCUAUAUCAAGGGGUGAUUGAUGCGUUUCAAAAGAGAAUUAUUUCCGCUGUUAAAGAAGCUGUAUCGAAGAAAAUCGAAGAAAACAUGGAGAAGCUUGAUUCCUUGCUGCAAUCUAUUCCGAAACAGAAACUGAUCGACGAUUCUGCCUCAGUGAAUCUCACUUUCACCGGCAACCCCGUUUUUGGCGAUUCUUCCGUCCAAGUCAGAAUCGACGGCCUUUUCGUUCCGAACAAUCAUGUUAAAGUUUUAGAACACGGCCUUAAAGGAUCUCGAUCUCCUUUCUUCUUCGACAGGCUUAACAGAAUGGUGAAAAUUUCGAUAGAGGAAGAAGUUUUCGAUUCUGCAACACGGGUAUACUUCAACGCAGAGCGUAUGCAUUUGGUCAUCGAGGAAACAAAAAACCUGUCGGUUCUGGACACGGCUGAUUGGAAACUCAUCCUUCCAGAAAUGUACAAUCUUUACCCAAAUGAUAAGAUGAAACUUGAAAUCUCGGUGACGUCUCCGCCUUCCGUGAAGAUCACCGAAAAGGGUAUCGAUGCAGCGAUUAAUUUGGACACGACGGUUGAUGUUCUUGACGCCGGAGAAGUUAUACCUGUUGCGUGUUUCUCAACGGUUCUGAAUGUUUCGUGUUCUGCAGAAGUCUCGAAGAACGAUUUAGCCGGUAGCCUCAGACUAGUCGACUUCAACUCGUCGGUUAAGUGGAGCAAAGUCGGAGAACUUCAUGCCAACUCUGCUCGGGAGGCGAUGGCAGCGGUUCUUGAAGCGGCGUUUUUCCCGUAUGUAAAUGAACGGCUCGGGAGAGGAUUUCCGCUGCCGAUUCCUCGUGGUUUCGACAUCAGAGGUACGGAAAUCGUUUACGCAGAUUCUCGGGUGAUGGUCUGCAGCGAUAUCUCCUACACUUGAUUACAUUCUACGACCGGUCUUGCUCCUUGUCUAUAAUGUUCAUUGCAGAGUUUAUGUACUUGUGCUUUAUUAUUGUGGUGGAGAUUUCCGUUCUGUACGGAUAUGUAAAACCGGACCGAAUCAAAUUGAAUCGGAUUCACACAUAAUUGAAUCCGUCGAUUUAAUAACCGAAUGGAUAUUAUCUUUUUA